AAAAAUGAAGUCGCUAAAACUCAAACGUCCAAGCCGAUUUCCUUUGGCUUUCUAGAUUUAUCCAAUUCAUUAAACUAACUAUCAGAGAAAAGGAAAUAUAAUGUAUUCCUUUUAAAUUUAUAGUCAUAAAUAUAAUAUUUUUAGUUUAUUGAAAAAAAUAUAUAUCUAACAUUUCUGAAUAUAAUUCCUUUAAAAAAAAAAAAAAAGUGCAUUAUUUCCUUCAUUCUUCGCAGAUCCAAAAGUGAAGCUUUAUUCCAGAUUAGGGAUUGAAAAAUAGCAGAAAUUCACAUAUUUUUGUCUCUCUCUCUCUCUCUCUCUCUAUAUAUAUAUAUAUAUAUGUAUAUGUAAAAUCCCUAAUAUUCUGCUAUAACAUUUUUCAUCCAUUCUUUUGUUAUUUUAUUAUAUAUAUGUAUAACACAGAUGAUAUGAAUAAGAAGUUAAUAAUGCAUGGUCGAUGAUGAAGGCAAACCGGGGUGUUUUUAGGUCAUUUUCUGAAACAGAUUUGAGUUCCAAAGAAUUCAUGAAAGGUUCAUCCUCUACCGCCAAGGACAACAACAUUUACUAUGAAGACGAAUCAGAAACCAGUAGUGAAGAAGAUUCAGAUGUAAGCUGUUUUGAUGAAGAGGAUGUAUCUUGGAUAUCAUGGUUCUGUAGUCAAAAGGGAAAUGAAUUCUUUUGUGAAGUGGAUGAUGACUACAUCCUGGAUGAUUUCAAUCUUUCUGGGUUAAACAACAUUGUUUCAUACUAUGACUAUGCAUUGGAUUUGAUUUUGGAUGCUGAGUCCUCUCACGAUGAUACCUUAACCUAUGAACAGAACAAUAUGGUAGAAUCCGACGCAGAGUUGCUGUACGGCCUUAUUCAUGUUCGAUAUAUUUCAACUAGCAAAGGGAUGUCUGCAAUGCUAGAAAAAUACAGGAACUAUGACUUUGGUAGAUGUCCAAGAGUUCACUGCAACAAACAAAGAUGCCUCCCAGUUGGUCAGUCAGACAUACCAAAGUCAAGCACUGUUAAAAUCUACUGUCCAAAAUGUGAAGAUGUAUAUGCACCACAAUCUAGGCACCAAGACAAUGUCGACGGAGCAUAUUUUGGAACUACAUUUCCUCACCUGUUUUUGAUGACCUACGAACACCUCCAGCCACAGAAGGCAAAUCAGAACUAUGUCCCAAGAGUAUACGGUUUCAGAAUCCGCAAGGAAUAAUAUUAGAGCUAAAAAUUGCUACUCUUCUUGAUAAAAAAGGAAAGUCUUGAGUUCCAGAAUUUUUAACAUAUAUAUCCCAAGGAUUUCAAGCUCAAGGUUUUGUAGAAACAAUUGUUACUAGAGGAGUUUUUUUAAUGAUCCUAGCAUAUAAUUGGAGUUGCAUACCCAUUUCUUUCUCUUCAGGGUCUUAGGUUUUGGGGGUUUCUACCUGACUUAUCUGUCCUGGUAUGUUUAUUCUGUCCUUGAGCAAAUUCAAAAAUAGCAUGCAAGCUCCUAGUCCAGAACUAAAAUUGAAGCUUUGAUUUCUUCAUAUGGUCAUUUUAGUUUUUGAAUGUAAUUUGUGGUUUGGCUGCCCAAUGAACAGAAUUGCUGUCUAGAACCACUGCUACUAAACCAGGCAACCUUUACAGCAAAGAUGUUUUCCCCUGCAGAUGAAAAGCUGAA